UUUCCAUAAAAUUGGAUUUAAAUAUCACAUUUUUCACUUGUUUUUCCAUUUUCCUCCAUUCAUCUCAAGUUAGGCACCUAAGUUUUUCUUCUUCUUCAUGUUCUACUUCUCCUCAGGAUCCUUAGUUUUUCUUUUUCUUUGUGUUUUACUUCUCCUCCUACAUUGUGAGAAAACCAAUUAUAUAACUCAAGAAGAGUUUUGUUGUCCACCAGCUUCACCAGUGCACUUUUGUCACUAUAUUUGCGGUUUUUUUGCAGACUUGAAUACUACCAGUUAAUGGAGAAAAAUCACAUGGUCUAUGCUCAUCCUAACGUAAAGGUCCAACAACAAAAGUUCAACAGUGAGAAACCCAACAUGAAGGAAGGUGAAAAAGAAACAAUCAAUAAUACUCCUAUAAACAACAUUCGUCCAAGGAUGAGUUGGACUAAAGAGCUUCACCAACGAUUCUUGGAUAUUGUAAAGUCAUUAGGCCCUGAAAAUGCUGUUCCGAGGAAUAUUAUUGAGUUGAUGAAUGUACCUGGACUAACAAGAAAGCAAAUUUCAGAUCAUUUGCAUCAUCGUUGUUGUUCUUCCAAGUCAAGACCUAAGAAGCAGUCAAAAAAGCAGCAAAAGCAGCCUAGUGUAACAUCAUCCAAUGUGCAGCUUGGUGUGAAUCACCUUGAAAGCCAGAAUAACCUAGCAAUUACUGAAACCCAAUUUCUUAGUGACCAGAGCAAUGGGAACCAAUUGCAGUUUAGCAUGAACUCACUCAAUGAUACAAUGGGUUCAUCAUCUUCCAAUACUCUAUCUGAUGUCAAGAGCACCAGCAGUGGUAUCACAAGCAUGGAAUAUGGAGAACUAUUGGGGAUUUCUUUCCAACUCUCACCUGGAAACAAUAUUUAUAAUGAGAAUAAGGUGGCACAGCUGGGAUCUGAAGGUGGUUCUUUUCAAGUCUCUGAAAUCAUCUCACAAAAUUUUAGUCAUACUACUGAGGAGAUGACUUGUACUGUCAGUCCUGAUGAAAACACAUACAAAUUUGGAUGGGAAGGAAUUCCUAAUGUUUUUGAAGGCCUUGAUGAUCUUAAUGCCAUUGGAAAUUAUCAAUAUAUUGAAGAUUCUUCUGAUACUCUAUCUGAUAUGUUCAGAAGCUACAUUUUUCAAGUCCGUCCUCAACCUCAGGAGUUUGAUGACUUUGACUUUGACAAACUGUUUCCCAAUGAGGAACGUGACAGUUCAGAAGGUGCAAAUGGAAUGGAUCCUAAAUGAUAAGUAUCAAAGAGAUGAAGGCCCUUCUGCUCUAUGAGUGCAGUCAUGAAGCAUGAUUAGCUAGUCUGUUAAAUAAGUAGUUCCUGCUAUAGGAGUUCUAGACCUGCAUAUGUUUUAAUAAGGAACAUGAAUAAAUUCAACUAAGACCAAAUAAAUUCUUGGGUCCUGCAUAUGACCUGAAGAAUAUGUUGUUUUUUUUUGUAGCCUUUUUAACUUCUGAUGGUCUUAAUUUCAUGAAUGAGAUAUGACAGUCUUGAAACACCUUUCGUGAGCUUAGUUUUAGAACUUGUUAUCAUUGGUAUCUCAAAAGCUAUAUUCAUAUAAAGUUGAAGGUGAACUAGUUUAUUGUU